AGGCGCAGUUCUCGGCUCCUGGCGGCGUGUUCCUCUUUUCCUCGGGCACCCGGCAUCCCGGUCGGUCGGUGGACGCCGACUCUUCACAGCUUCUCAUUCGCGGCCUUCCCUGUGCUUCGGUCGUUCGCCCCGCAGUUCACCCAGCUCCUGGGGCCGCUGCUCAGGUUUGUACGCCUCCGCUGGCGACAGACCCAUGGCUGAGCGCGGGGAACUCGACCUCACGGGCGCCAAACAGAACACGGGAGUGUGGCUGGUCAAGGUUCCUAAAUAUUUGUCACAGCAGUGGGCUAAAGCCCCUGGAAGAGGUGAAGUUGGGAAACUACGGAUUGCCAAGAAUCAAGGAAGGACUGAGGUGUCAUUUACUUUGAAUGAGGAACUUGCAAAUAUUCAUGAUAUUGGCGGAAAACCAGCUUCAGUCAGUGCUCCUAGAGAACAUCCAUUUGUCUUGCAAAGUGUUGGAGGACAGACAUUAACAGUGUUUACUGAGAGCUCAUCAGAUAAGCUGUCCCUGGAAGGAAUAGUGGUACAAAGAGCAGAAUGCCGACCUGCCGCCAGUGAAAACUACAUGAGACUAAAGAGAUUACAAAUAGAAGAAUCUUCUAAACCUGUAAGGCUCUCACAACAACUGGACAAAGUCGUGACAACCAAUUACAAACCUGUUGCUAAUCAUCAAUACAAUAUUGAAUAUGAAAGGAAAAAGAAAGAAGAUGGAAAACGAGCCCGAGCUGAUAAGCAAUAUGUUUUAGACAUGCUGUUUUCGGCUUUUGAGAAACACCAAUAUUACAACCUGAAGGACCUGGUGGACAUCACGAAACAGCCUGUGUCGUACCUGAAGGAAAUCUUAAAAGAAAUCGGUAUUCAGAAUGUAAAAGGGAUCCACAAAAACACAUGGGAGCUGAAGCCAGAGUACAGACAUUAUCAAGCAGAAGAAAAGAGUGAUUAAGAAGACUCAGGCCCGCCUGUUAACAGAACAACUCAAGGGUGACGCGCUAAUAAUAAUAGGCAAGCGGCCUUGGUACCUGAAGACUUGAGCACCGUCUGUGUAGGGGGAGAAUGACUGGUACUUUAAUUUCUCUAGGUAAAGUUUUUAAACAAGAAUUCUUGUAAAGUUGCUUAACUGAUUUUUGAGGCAAAAGAACACAUUUAUUUAUAGACUUAACUUGUAUUAAACCAGAUUAUUCAUGAUGGGGUUCGAGGUUGGGGGUUGAAGAAGGUUUUUCUUUUUAAAUGUUUACUUUUAAAAUGUAAAAUUAGGAGAUGCCUCCCCGUCCCUGUUUCUCUCUGUGCCAAGAGAAUGGCAUAGCAGGAGAAAAGCAGUCAGCCACAGACUCUCAAAAGGAAUUAAAAAGCCAAAGUUCCUUAUUCUGAAAUGGUCCAAGAAUGAAGCUGUCUUUAUUUUUUUUAACAGAUGGUUGUGUUUCAUCUUCACACACGUUAAUGAAAGGAUAGCAUUUGUGUUUGUACUAAGACAGCAGUUUUCGUCACUAGCUUAGUUUACCCCAGUGACAUGAGAAAUGGAAAAAGUCAUGGUCACUCGGUCUUACUUUCUUCCUUUUUUUUGUUGGGGAGGCUCUUAAAAUAAUUAGAAAUUAAAUACUGUUUCUAGUAUAUAGUCUAUCCAGAUUAUAAGCUUCUCAAAGACUGGCUUUAGGAAUCCCUCAUGACUCAGCAGGUUAAGGGCCCGGGGAACUUUGGCAUGCUGCGGGCGCAGCCAAAAAAAAGACUGUCUUUGACCCCAAAUUUUACUGCACAUUCAGGAGACAUGUAUUGACUGACAAAUGCUGUUUAUAAACUAGAGGAAGAUUGGAGGGAUAAGGCUGAUGUGUACAGACAGGUUCAUGUCAUUUCCUGGGGAAUAAAAAUGUUUCUUUUA